CGACACCGGAAAGCGCUGCGUCCUUCAGUGAACUCAGGUGCUGUGGUGCCGAAACACGUUUUGUAAGUCGUAUAUUUUGAAUUGUGCGUUCUGGUGAGUGACAGAAAAUACGUAGCAGUGGUGCACGGGAAGAAUAAUUCAUUUGGGAGCUUUAGGAGCUUCAUUCGGUGUCAGCAGGGAUGUCGGCUCCAAACUCUGCAGAACGGAAGUCAUGCUGGGACGCCAGGGAUUUGCUGUGGAAGUGUAUGGACGACAAUAACGACAAAGCUGAAUCCUGCCAGAGGUUCCAGAGCGAGUUUGAAGCAAAAUGCCCCGCUCAGUGGGUAAAAUAUUUUUCCAAGAGGAGAGACUUCCUGAAAUACAAGGAGAAGAUGCAGACGGAGGGAUUCACACCUGCUGAAGGUCCCAGCCAGCCAUCCUAACCAAUGAACCAUUGGACAGCAGACCAUUCUAAAUCUGCAGAGAAACUGACUUUGAGCCCUAAUCAGACCAGGGCCAGAAGUGCACAACCUGGAGAUGAGUUUUCUAUCUUUAUUGAGGAUUUGAACUUCCCAAUAUCAUAAUUUAUUUUCACAGAUAGAAAAGUUCCAAAAAGGAAAAUAUACAUAUUAUCAGCUCAGAGUGGCAGUAUGGGGAGUUGUUUGAAUGAAGCAUCAGCUCAUUUCAGCUACAGGUGUCAGAUGUUUGAUGUGGAUGUAAAUCUCAGUUGAAGUUCACCUGGGUGUAAAAUGUAAUGUUGUCAUUGUAGUUUGCAACUGUGUAGUUCAAAACACAGUUGGAAUGCUUAAAGGUCACAUUUUAUCCUCCUCUUCAACCAGUUUAAAUAAGUCUCAGAGCUCCCCAAAUCAUGUCUGUAAAGU